AUGAGCGCCUCUGAACCCGUUCCUAACGGCUUAGAUGACUCCUUCCGUCUGACCAGCUACCUCGAGCUGAAGGGCUCCGGCUGCCAGGUACCCGAAAGCGUGGUAUCGGAGAUGUUUAAUAGCCUCCCAAUAGGCUCCCAACGUCAGGAAACGCAGCUGCAGCAGAUGCUGCGCCAAAUGAACAUCAACACCAGUGCUGGUGGUGGAGGACAGCGCCACCACUUGCGCAUCGAGUGCCGGUACCCGAUCAUCGACGAUCCUUGCGCCAUGGGGAAGAUCAUCUGCGCCGAGGCGCUCGGCAAUUUCUACGCCAUUGGCAUUACAGCUUGUGAUAAAAUGAUGAUGAUGGCUUGCAAGCCCCCUCAGAUGACCAACAAGGAGUUCAAUGCUGUAUUCUCGAUGAUGGAGACAGGCUUCAAGGAAUGCUUCAAGGGCACCCACGGAAAGGAGAUGUGGGCCAUGUACAUGCACACUAGCUGUUUCAUGGGCGGCGGCUUGGCCUCAGCCUACUGGCCGCAGCACCAUCUGGUGGCACGCGGCAAUGCUCUGGAUGGUGAUGUCCUGGUGCUGACCAAACCCCUGGGCACCCAGGUAGCCAUCGAUGCCUAUGAGUGUAUAGGUCAGCCGGAACGCUGGGAGCGCUACAAGAUGUUCGUCUCCGAAGAGGAUGUCCGUGCGGCCUAUCAGCAGGCCGUCAAUACGAUGUGUCGCCUCAAUCGCCAGGCCUCGAACCUCAUGCACGUGCACAAUGCCCAUGGGGCCAUGGCUGUGUCCGGGUUCGGUAUCCUGCAUCAUGCCAACAAACUGGCUUUGCUCCAAAAGAAGCCAGUGUCGUUUGUCAUUGAUACUUUGCCGGUGAUCAGCAAGAUGGCAGCUGCUGCCAAAGCAUCGACCGUUGACGAUAAGUGCCCCCUGCUGCAGGGUCUUUCUGUUGAGACUUCCGGUGGCCUGCUCAUCUGCAUGCCCCGUGAGGAGGCCGUUGCUCUUUGCAAGUUCAUCGGGGCAUAUGGUGACAGCCCGGCCUGGAUCAUCGGCACUGUGCAGAGCGGCAUCCGGAAAGCCUCCAUCAUCGAGAAUGUUAAAAUCAUCGAGGUUUAUGAAUAA